UAACAUCUUGGCCAGGAAAUGAUGACCCAAGUAAUAUUUCCUGUGCAGACGUCCACAACGAAUUGGUAUACGGUUUUGAACUUUCAUGGCUCAGAGGUUUUUGUAAAAGCUAGCUAUUGCGGAAGAUGGAGGCGUGGUGGAUGCUACCUCGAUGACGGGAACAACGUUCAGUGCUUCGGUAUAGGCAUUAUCGAAGUUUUCCUCAAAGUUAUUGCGCUAAUAGUGGCUACCAUAGGACUACAACUUGCAGCAAAAAUUGUGUUGGGGAUUCCUUGUGUUAUUGCGUUUUUUAUAUAUAAGUGGCGUAGAAGGCAUUUAUCAAUGUAUGGCGCUGUCGAAGAAUUUCUGCAAAGCCAAAAUAACCUAGUGCCAAUUAGGUACUCUUUCUCACAAAUUAGGAAGAUGGCCAAAGGUUUCAAAGAUAAAUUGGGUGAAGGAGGCUAUGGUUCUGUAUAUAAAGGAAAGCUUCAAAGUGGCCAUCUUGUAGCUAUAAAGAUGUUAGGUAAGUCCAAAGCAAACGGUCAAGACUUUAUCAAUGAAGUUGCCACAAUCGGAAGAAUUCACCACGAGAAUGUGGUGCAACUUAUUGGCUACUGUGCUGAGGGACUAAAGCGUGCCCUUAUAUACGAAUUCAUGUGUAAUAGUUCUCUUGACAAGUACAUUUUUUCUCAAGAAGGGAAUAUCACCUUAAGUAUUGAGAAAACAUACGAUAUAUCUCUUGGAGUAGCUCGUGGAAUUGAAUAUUUGCAUCGAGGAUGUGACAUGCAAAUUUUGCAUUUUGAUAUCAAGCCUCAUAACAUUCUUCUUGAUGAGAACUUCACCCCAAAAAUUUCUGAUUUUGGACUUGCAAAACUUUAUCCAAUAGAUGAUAGUAUAGUGUCUUUGACUGCUGCAAGGGGAACACUAGGAUAUAUAGCUCCAGAGUUGUUUUAUAAAAACAUUGGAGGGGUCUCCUAUAAAGCUGAUGUUUAUAGUUUUGGCAUGUUAUUGUUGGAAAUGGCCAACAGAAGAAAGAACGUGAAUGCAUUUGCAGACCAUUCAAGCCAAAUUUACUUCCCAACUUGGGUCUAUGGCCAAUUUAGCAAAGGAAAUGACAUAGAAAUAGAAGAUGCCACAGAGGAGGAGAAGAAAAUUGUUAAGAAGAUGAUCAUAGUCGCAUUAUGGUGCAUACAAAUGAAGCCUAGUGACCGUCCUUCAAUGAACAAAGUUGUAGAAAUGCUUGAAGGAGAAGUUGAAUGCUUACAAAUGCCUUCCAAGCCUUUCCUAUCAUCAUCACCAGCGAGACUGAUAGGGGAUGUAGGAAACAAUUUAAAUUCAACUAGUUCAUCAUUUCAAUCAGGUGAAUCAAGUCAAUCGGCUAUACUUUAAAUGCAAGGAAAGUUAACACCAUAGCGGAACUGAGGCAAUUAUUCUUCACAUAUAUGAUAGCAUAAAGACACUUCAUAUUUUUGUGUGACAAAUAAUUGGUCCCUUGAUUUAUGAUAGCUAUCCUUAUCUAUAACAAAUUUUCUUUUUUGCUUA